UCAAUCCAGUCAUCAUCAUCAAAAACUGAAAAUGGCGUUGUGUAGCGCGACUAGCGCGAAAACUGCUUUUUAGUCAUGACAUUUAUUUACUAAUUGAUUUAGAUCGUAAUUCUUGAUCAUAUAAAGUUGCAGUACAGUAUAACUACUAAACCAAUGUUCUCUAGCAAACAACAUCUUCGGAAACGUACUCCCGAACAUGGUACUGACCGAGAAGAGUUUUUGUCAUUGUUAGUGGACGAGUAUUUAAAUUCUAAUUUGUAUGAUGCAAAGUGCCAAGUGUUAGCUAAUUUGGCUAAUUUUGGGUACGAUCCCGUGAAUUAUGAUUACAUCCGACGAGUUGGUGUCCUGGACAUUCUCCUGUAUGUUUUGAAGAAUGAAACUGACGUCACGUUGCUUCACUACGCCUGUGCAGGGAUUUGCAACUUGUGCAUCGAUCAUCUGAAUGCAGAAUACAUUUUGGCAAAUGCCGGGUUAAAACCAAUUAUAGACCGCUUAGGAAGCCAACACUGUGAAACUGUUGCUAAUGCAAUCACUAUAUUAAUCACUUUAUACAACAAGGAGACAAAAGCUGAUAUAAAUACUACUGAAGUAAUACAGCGCAUGCACGACUUAAUGAAAUCGGAUAACAAAAGGCUUGUAAAUUUAGCUUCUUUGUUCCUCAAUAAUACUCAUAAUUAGAAUCAUGGAAAAAGUUGAAUGACAGCCCUCAAGAUGUUGUCAAACAGAUUUCCAUUUCUAGUUGCCAACAAUAAAAAUUAUCAGAAAAUUUGUAAACUACACACAACAUCGUUUAGCAGUACAGCUUUCAAAGCUGGCGAUAAAAUUCGAAUACAAAAGACACUGACUCAGAAAGAUCUCGAUGCAUUUUCAAAUCUCACAAGUGAUCAUAAUCCCCUGCACAAGAACAAUGGGAACAAGAGGCCCAUCGUCCACGGCGCGCUGCUGAACGGCUUGGUGGCGGGCCUCAUCGGCACGCACCUGCCGGGCCCGGGCACCGUCCUCGUGUCUCAAACCAUCAAGUUUCCAAAUAAAUGCUUUGUUGGUGAAAAGCUGACUAUAAGCGUGGAACUGGUAGAUGUUAGAAAGAUCCUCAAAGUGAAGUUCUUUUGUAUUGUUGAAGAGGAAAAGAAGGUUGUGUUCGAGGGCGAGGCUAAACUCAUGCUAGCCAAAGACUAUUAAUUUUUUCUACGUAAUUUGUUCUGAAUAUAAACUAAAAUGCAUAUAAGCUAAUAUAAAUACUGUUCACUUUCCAUACAUGCGAUUCUGUCUUAAGGCGAGCGUCUCCUAGGAUAUAUGUGAUUUCGUAUAUUAUUUUAUUUUGAAAGACUUACUACAUAUUACCUAGUCCCGGGGCGCCGGGUAGCACGCGAUACUUUCGAGCAUUUUCAAAUAAGCCGCACUUAUUUUUUUGCGUCGUAGACGCCCGUCCUAACAACAGAACAAAAUACAGUAAUAACAGCAAACACACACUUGUGUUACACUAAUAACAACAACAAACACACACACACUUGUGUUACACUAAUAUCAACAACAAACACACACACUUGUGUUACACUAAUAUCAACAACAAACACACACACUUGUGUUACACUAAUAACAACAACAAACACACACACUUGUGUUACGUUACACUAAUAUCAACAACAAACACACACACUUGUGUUACGUUACACUAAUAUCAACAACAAACACACACACUUGUGUUACACUAAUCAGUAAUCACAAUAUGUACCACGUUUGUCACCGUCAGGCAAGACAACAAUCGCUUGUAUGGACACUGAAGUUGAUAAUAAUCAGCCCUUUAUAUAAUUAUUAGAUUUUAAUAAAGUUUAUAUAUAUGUUUAAGCUCUAAUUACUUUUUCGAUAUAUUAUUAUGCAUGUAAGUAAAAAUCUAUAAUAUGAAAUGUGAUUUUAAUAUAAUAAAUAAUAGUGUGCCAAUUAAGUAGCUUCUAACUCUAGGUUAGAAAUUAUGAACUCUUGUGAAGUACAAUUUAGAAAUUAUUCUACUAUAAUUAAAAUGUAAGUCCCUGGUUUAAAUAUCUCUUAAAAGAAGUUCAUCUGAAAUUGUCCAUUAUAGUCGGUGAUUAUAGUCAAUAACUUGUUAAGACUGAUAGUCUCUAAUUUAUUGUUUGUAUUCACAAUUAGACAUCCUUAAUUGAAAAGGAUUUAAAUAUUUCUACAUUUACCGCUAUUUAAACGUUAUGUUACCGAAAUGGUUUUAAUUUUAAAGUGCUACUUUCAUACACUGAAAAGUUUACGUUGCAAGUUGAACGUAGUCGGCUGCGGGCCCAUAAUGGUCAUAUUUGCGCGCGGUAAUUUAAUAAGCGAUAUUAAGAGAUGGGCACUGAAUGACAUCUCAUUAUCGUAGGUAUGUACUCGUAUAAUAAUACCCAACCAUAAUACGCCUUUUCGAUGCAGCGCUGUCUCGACUUCUAGGUGUUCAAUUUAAUCAAAGAGUACUAAAUUUGAGUUUUCGUAACCGUUAAUAACAAGGUCCAAGGUGAAUAGCCAACAUGCCAAUCGUUUAUACGCUUCGUAGCGAACGAGAGAUCACUACGCUACACGGGCACGUUGGCACGUUGGCUAAGCACCCUGAACAGCGGAAUUUAAAGCUAUAUUAACGCUUAAAUUCUCGUUAAAUACUCGUAACUUGGUUGGUUGUAUCUUAUUAACUGUUUGAUGCUUGUGGGUUGUGUGGCUUUUAUUAAAGUAAUUUUACUUUAUCUACACACAUAUCUUUUAUCUGUAAAAAUGUUAUUAUUGCUAAAUAAUUACAUCGAUUUCGAUAAUAUUAUUUUAUUCAAAUUUCGAACAUCUCUGAAAAACAAAGAAAUUUGAUUUGACCUCUAUUCUAAUAUCAGUCGAGAUGAGGUUUUAUUCGAAAUGAAGUGUCAAUUGCAUACAAAUUUGACAAAUCACGCUUGUUAGUUGGUAUCGAAUGAUAUGGCAAUCGACCCCCACUCUAGUUUGUCUCUGAAUAAAAAAAAAAAACUACGGAUGCGUGACAUGCGUGAAAAAAGUUUUCUAUGCCGCCAUUUGACGUACAGUUUAUCUUUUAAUUAGUUUUUUGUAAGUAAAAAAUAAUUUGUUUUUUUGUUUUUAAAGUAACUUUAGCAAAAGUUUCGUGUAAAAUGUGCGAUAAAGAUAUUUCGGAGACGCCACCUCAUAUCCGCGAAUUCC